AUGGGUCGAAAAAAAAACUCCAUGAAAGAUUUAAAUGUAGAAAAAGAAAAUGAUAUUCCAUAUCUUCAAUAUACAAAUAGCACAACUGAUGCUACAACUAAUUGUUCAGUUGCUGUUGGUCUAAAACGACCAAUUGAAUUAGUUGAUUCACAUCCGAUUGAUAACAAAGAAAUUGAAAUAAUUAAUUUAAAAAAGCAAUGUAUUGAUCUUCAACAGCGUGUUGAAAUAUUGGAAAAAACAUGUUUAUUGAUACCGGAACAUAUGAAUAGUAUUGAAAAUUUUUUUCAUGAUAUUAUAGAAGGCUCGAAGAAUAAUAAUGAUGGCAUCAUGUUAAAUAAUAUUGAUUGUGUUACUGUCAAUAAUGACGAUGUUUUCACAAUAUAUGAUAAUAUUAUUCCGGUAAAUAAUGAUGGUACUGUUACAGUAAAUUAUCAUGAUGAUAUUGCUACAGCAAAUAAUAAUGAUGGCAAAACAGCAUCUGCUGUUACGAUAUUAAAUAUUGAUGAUGCAACAUUAGGCUCAUUAAAAAAGGAAAAUACAACAUCAACAGCUCGCUCCAUACUCAAAUAUCUUUAUCCAAAUCCUGAAUUGAAUUUCAAAUUAUCUAGUAUGGACAAAACACUUGUUGAUGCAAUCAUUAGUUGUACACAAAAAGCACAUCCUAGUGAAUUAACUACAACGGCAAAAAUAAGACAUGCUAUGUCUAAUUAUUUUGGUUUACUUAAUUACAAGAAGAAAAUAAAAUCAACUAUUUCAAACAAAAGAGUUGAAAAAGGCAAUUGA